AUGAUGUCUCCGAUCGAAAUCCCUGUCAACCGUCCCACAGCUAUUACUAUACCUGUGGGCGACGCGGACGGUGAUACGACACGUUGCCGAUGGUCGACAUCAUCAUAUGGUAUUGAUGAAUGUGGUGGUGUAUGUCCACCUAGUUCACUACCGCCGAAUGCUAUCAUCUACUCGAACUGUACCAUGAUCAUUACUGGUCAGACAGUUGGCGACUGGUUUGCUGUGGCAAUCAUGAUUGAAGAUUUCAUCACUCCAACGAGCACCACUCCUCUUAGUGGAGUACCUGUACAAUUCCUCGUUCAUGUUGUUAAUCCAGCAUCGUGUACUACUGAGCCGGUCAUUGUUGGAAUACCGUUCGAAGACUCCUGUAUACCUGUAACAGUCGGUCAAACAUUCAACUCGAUGUUGAUUGCGAUUAACUAUUGCGGUGCAACUGUAACUAUUGACGAUAUUUCGACAUUAUCAUUUGCUGGCAUGAUAAAAGGAGAUCUCAUAAAACUCAACACGACAACCUACUACAAAACGCUUUCAUGGACACCGACAUCAUCUCAACUUGGCUAUCAAGUUAUGUGUGCAAUGGCUUUCGACAGUCAAAAUGCACAAUCAGCACAAUAUUGUUUCAAAUUCUACGUUUCACAAAAUGGUGUCUGUGCUUGUCCUGGUGACAUUUGCACCACUACAACAACAACGUUAGUUGAAUGA